AUGAAUGAUGAUUAUGAUGAUCAAAAAUCCAAGUUAAUUGGUAUUGGUUAUUGUUGUUUCAAUGGGAUAUUAAUGGCUUAUGUCAAUAAUUAUACUACUAAUAAUAAUAGUUGUAUUAGUAGUAGUAGUAGUAGUAGUAUUAGUAGUACUAAUGAUUCCUCUGAUCGUAAUUCUAUAUGUAGUCAAUUUGUAUUGAAUGUAGAAUUAUUUGAUAAUAAUAAUGAGACUAUACGGUUUAAUGAUUAUGAAUAUGGAGAAUUUUCAUCCUUUUGGGCACCAAUUCAAUGUGAAUCUAAUUCAAUCAUACCAAUAGUUUUACGAUAUUUUAUUUAUACAAAAGAAAAAAGGCAAGUUUUUCGUUUCCUUCUUUUUCUUUUAGGUGAUUUUAUCCGAUUUGAGUUUUCAGCUAGUGGUAACAAUCAAUCUGUUUAA